AUGUCUUCCCUUCUGUUGAGCGCUGCAAGUGGCGGCAUUUUCGGUGCUGCAUUGACUGCAUCGGGAGUAUACUCGCCGUCUGUUAUCAUCUCGCAACUCCAGCUGGGCAAUUUUCAUAUGCUCAAGAGCUUCCUCGCCGCCAGUGCCUGCAGUGCGUUAAUCGUCGUCUCCGCGAAUCGAGCAAAAUACGCCAAACUCAACCCCCGGUCCGAUUCCUCGUAUGGCUGGUUUAUGAGAUACGAUGCAAACCUCAUUGGCGGACUUUUACACGGUAUCGGCAUGGCCUUGACUGGUGCAUGUCCUGGUACUGUCCUUGUGCAGCUUGUGAUGGGUGUGAAAUCCGCACCGGCCGUUGCUGCUGGAUGUCUCUUGGGAGCAAUCACCUUUGUCAAGUCGGCAGAGCGCCUCAAACGAACGCCACCUGCGAAAACAUCCACCGGUCAAACUCAGACCGUGCAAGAGAAGCUGGGCCUGUCCACCAACUCUAUGAUUCUCCUGUACGAGAUUUUAUGCCUUGGUAUGAUCCUUGCGGCGACGUACUUGGCACCCACGCGGGAUCACUGGCUCAACCCUAUUGUGGGCGGACUUCUCAUCGGAGUGGCGCAAGCAACCUCAGUUCUGUUCACUCGCAAGACCCUCGGUGUGUCAAGUGCUUAUGAAGAUAUCGGGAAACAUUUCUGGCGUGUCGUGGACGGGACUGCAGGCCCUGGCUUGUCCAACAUCGUCUUCGCCAGCGGCGUCAUGGCUGGGUCAAAGAUCAUUUCGCAAUUCAUACCAGCCGUAUCCGAGGCGGCGGGCCCAGCGAUCAGUCCCCUUGCCGCUGUUGCUGGGGGGUUCACAAUGGUAUUUGGCGCAAGACUGGCGGGCGGAUGUGCAAGUGGACAUGGCAUCUCUGGGAUGGCCACCAUGGGUCUGAGCAGCUUCAUUACCGUGGCUGGCAUGUUUGGAGGUGGCAUCAUAUUUGCGCUACUGCUACGAUGA